AUGGCGUCGAAACGUAACGAAAAAGGUGGAAAGUCUAAAUGGAAAACUAUUGAUAGUUUUUUUACCAAACCCGUUUCAACAGAAACGAAAGAUUCUUCAGAUGAACCCGUAUCCCAACAAUCCUUGCCAGAGUUUGAGAGUGACAAUGCAACUGCAAGCUGCAGCUCAGUUUUAGCCGUCACCUCCAAAGGCAAAGCCAACACACCUCCGUACCCAGACAUGUCAAGUCUGCACGAUUCUAACUUGCAGAUGACAGAAGUUAAGAUGCAGUUACUAACAUCCAACUGGAAUGAUGUAAAUAAUUAUGACUUCCCGGCGAGGGAAAUAGGUAAACACAGUCGUCGCCUUUCGGGUAAAUGGUUGUUGGAAAAUAGCUGGAUGCGCUAUUCAGUCUCCGAGGAUGCGUUAUACUGUGGCCCUUGUGUGAUUUUUGGUCGAAAAGAAGCAAAAGAGAAACUUUUUAUUAAUAAAGUUACAGAUUGGUCCAAUUUGUCUUGCUUCAUAAAGCGCCAUACUAGGGAAGGUUCUCCACACUUUCAAUACCAGGCAAUGGCAGAUAACUUUGUACAAAUACACUCAAAAGAUUCUGCUGAUGAAGCAAUCAUAUACAAACUUUCUGAAUUCAAAAAGACACAAGUUCUUAAAAAUCGUCAUGUUCUGGUGAAAAUUAUUGAGACAAUUUUGUUAUGCGGGAAACAAAAUAUUGCAAUACGUGGACACACACCAGAGCUUAGUAACUUUAUGGCAAUAUUAAACUCAAAGGCACAGGGCGAUGACAUUUUAAGGGACCACUUAGCAAACAGUAGUAGCAGGGCAAAAUAUACGUCCCCUGAUAUUCAAAACGAAAUAAUAAACAUAAUCGGAAAUCAGAUUCGCACAUCGAUAGUUGAAAACUGCAACAAAAGUAAAUUUUUCACAUUAAUCGCAGACGAAACAACUGACACAUCAACCCGUGAACAGGUAUCUGUAUGUCUACGCUACUUGGAGAGAGACACUAUUACAAACAAAGUAUCUAUUAAGGAAGACUUUCUGGAUUUCGUGAUGGCCACCAGCACUACAGGUGAGCAUUUGGCGGAACUUUUGAUUGAAACUCUGAUCAGUGCGGACAUCAUUACCAUGAAUAUGAGGGCACAAGGCUAUGAUGGGGCCGCCAAUAUGUCUGGUAAAUAUAAAGGGGUUCAAGCAAGAAUAUUUGAAAUGGUUCCGGGUGCUAUGUAUGUUCAUUGUAAAUCUCACUGCUUGAAUUUAGCCAUAGUCCAUAGUUGUAAAGAUUCAUCGGUUAGAAAUGUAAUGUCGACCGUACAGGAAGUUGCCUUUUCGUUCGAUUAUUCAUCUAAAAAACUUCAAGCAUUUUACCAAGAGUUGGACUCCGAUGCAACUACAAAAGAAAAUAUGGACAAGAGGACCAAAUUGCGAACCCUUUGUGAAACACGAUGGACGAGUCGAGCCGACGCGCUUUAUACUUUUAAAACAUCGUUUCCGGUGGUGGUUCAUGCAUUGGAAAGAUUACGAGAAAACGGAGAUGACAAAUCCGGACAGUAUCUUGCCUCUAUAACCAGAUUUGAAUUUGUAAUUGCUCUUGUAGUUUCGGAGCACAUUUUGCAGAGUACGGUAUAUCUAUCAAAAUAUCUGCAAGGUGUAGAAUGUGAUCUGUUAGAGGCUACGAAAGAAUGUAGAACAGUUAUAGAGAUGCUACGGGCCGAACGCAGCGAUGAAGCUGUUUGGAAUGAAAUUUAUCAAACAGCUUUAGAUUUAUCGGAACCAUUUGAUAUUGUGGAGAAUAUGCCGAGGCGAUGCGGUCGACAGACAACUAGGGCCAAUCAUCCGGCAAACACACCAAAACAAUAUUGGAAAGUGUCAUUGUAUUUUCCAUUCAUAGACCACAUGAUAAUGGAACUCGAGUCGCGUCUAAUAUCGUCCGAAAAUCGAUUUUUCGCACAGUAUCUGCUUCCUCGAGUUGUAGAAAACGUAACAAACGAUCAAAUCACAACACUGUUUGAAACAUACGAGGAAGACCUGACAUGUAAUCUAGACGAAUUUAAACGGGAGGUCGCUCGAUGGCGAACACGAUGGUGUAUCACACCUCGCGAUCAGAUGCCAACCUCACUGUGUGAGACACUCGAUGCGGUAAGCCCAGUGCUGUAUCCUUCUAUAGAUACUAUUUUAAGUAUCAUGUUGACAAUGCCGGUAACAAGUGCUACCGCGGAGAGGUCGUUUAGUGUACUUCGUCGGUUGAAAACGUAUGUACGAUCAACCAUGAAUAACGACAGAUUAUCAUCGCUGGCAUUAAUGCAUAUCCAUCGGGAUUUCAAUGUUGAUAUUGACAAGGUAAUGGAAAAGUUCGUUUCUUCAAAGACCCGAAGAGCAGAUUUUGGACAAUUCUGA